AGUAUAAAUUAGGCGAAACUUCUCACCAUUUCUUUUGUGAAGGGUAAACAUACGUGUUCACAGGCACUUCUGCUGAGCAUGGACCCGCCAACAAUGCUUGCUGCCCUCUUUCUCCUGCAACUUUUCCGAUGCUCCUAUGCAGCAGAACAAGAUUUCUAUGUGUACCCAACCAUUCUGCAAGAGAGAACAAGAUCCGGAAAUUUGAUUCUGCGCCUGACCAACAAUCUAACUCUGAGCCUUGAAAAGAGCUCGGUGCUGGCUGAUAAACUACUGCUUGUUACGAGCAGUCGCGAAGGACAUCGGACGGACACGGUUGACACCUCAGCUAUUCAAGAGGUUCUGUACCAGGACGUGCAUCACCAAUCCUCUCUCGUCUUACGCCAGAGGGAAGGCGUGGUGCAAGUCGAAGGUAUUAUCAACCACGAACUGAGAAUAAAGCCUCUACCACAAGACGAACGGUCGUUACAAGAUAGAAUACUGCAUAAGAUCUACAAAGUAGAAGAGAUAAAGGGUACCUAUAUGAAUAUGGAACCGAUGCUCUCGCAAGUUUACCAACGCUCAGAUGGACCGUUCCAGCGCAAGAGAACCGACCGAAGAAAUCCCGACUCUCAUCAUUCCAGAAGAGAUCAAGAAGAGGAGCGUACCGGACAGCCAGAGAAAUUUACUGUGGAGCUUCACACUAUUUCUGACUCAGUGCACCAGAAAGAAUUUAAGACUAAUGAGGAGUUAAUUGCUUAUCUGGCAGUCAUGACAAACGCAGUGAACCUAAGAUAUCUGGACAUGAAAAAUCCUCGGAUAAGCUUCAUCCUCGUUGGACUUACACGUAGCAAAGACGAUCCCUUCGUUAGUCAUAAGGGCGGCUACCUGUAUGCGGCAGGCACAUUAAGCGGGAUGGAAGCUUAUAACAAGGAAGGAAAAAUACCUGGGAAUCCUGACCUGGUGUACCUUGUAACCGGCCAAGAUGUUGCAAGGGAUAAAGAGGGAGGAGGAGGGAUGGACCCAGGCGUAAGUGGAAUAGGAAGAAUCGGCGGUAUCUGCAGCAAGUCUUUUGUGGGCGCAGGCGAAGACAUCGCUAAGACUUACAAAGGAACCCGCACAAUGGCUCAUGAGCUCGCGCAUAUUCUCGGAGCCGUACAUGACAAUAAGAGGCCUAAAGUUCCAGAAUGCGCGUGGUCCCAGGGGUACCUGAUGAGCUACGUGGACGGCGGACUGAAAAACUAUCGGCUUUCUCCAUGCAGUCAGGACAUGAUACGGGCCAUGUUCAAGAAGCUUAAACCCGAAUGUAUAGAGGUCAAGGCGAAGCACAACUACCAGAAAGACCACAGGAAGUUCCCUGGACAAACAUUGCGCCAAGAGUUCUAUUGUAGGAGCAUCUGGAAACUCAAGAAACACGACCAAACCAAGGUGAUCGUGAGAAAGGAUCCCCUUCUUACCAAGAAAUGCAAAAUGGAAUGCUGCCGUAUUGCUUUCGGCCGAGCUACCUGCCGCGUUGUAAUCAUACCUGCUGGUAUGGAGUGUGCCCGAGGAAAGACGUGCAAAAGAGGUGUCUGCGGAGUCCACACUUGGGAAUAGUUCAAGUGAAUUUGCGUCUUCCUAAUCCAACUAUGGGCUAGCACAAAUUACGUAUAAUUUUCUCAAGGAAUAAAACACCUGCGUCAAA